AUGCCACGUUCAUUUGAUGCACAGACUGUUCCAACAACUGAGGCCAAUACUACCGCCUUGAGAAGUAUUCCAAAACUGAACUCCAAUUUUGUGCAAAUCAAUAAUUUGCUAGAAAAGGCUGCGAACGAAGGUGAUGAAUUUACCAUUAAGGUCGCUGUCGACGAAAUGUUUGUUGAUGUUCGAGAUCCACUUUUUGGACUUGAUGCACUGUUACAUUCAGUCUUCCAACAAAAUAAUUGUUUGAGGGAUUUGCUCAUCAAGUUUGGAGCAAAUCCUAAAACUCGAUCAAAAGAAUUGAACACAAUGCUGCAUCUAUAUGCAUUAAAGGGGUCCAUUGAAGAUGUAGAAUUAGCACUACAAUAUAUUGAUAUCAAUUCUCAGGAUGCUAAUGGAAAUACACCUCUCCAUUAUGCACAUCAAAACCGUAACAAUCAAGUUUAUGAUUUCCUAAUUGCCCAACCAGGUGCUGAUCUUACAGUUAGGAAUAUCAGUGGUAAAACACCAAAUGAGAUGUCUGCUCCAUGA